AUGUUCGCGGAAUACUUUCCCGAUAGCGAUAAGAGGAAGAUGCGGGAAGACUUCAGGAAGCUUAAGCAGGGUAACCGCACUGUUCGGGAGUAUGAGCGAGAGUUCACGCAUCUUUUGAACUGCGUCCCGGACGUGGCGACAACGGAGCAAGACCGAGCAGAUUGCUUCGUGAGAGGACUCCGACCCGGCGUGUUUCGGAUGGUGCAUGCCUUCAAGUUUCAUACUUUUGCGGAGGCUUUGGACCGCGCCUUAUGGGUCGAGCACGGGAACGCCUGCGAGCGUGAGGACCGUGAGGCGUUCGAGAAGGAUAAAGGGAAGAAGCGACCGGGCGGUGGUUCGGGGGGACAGUCGAGUUCGAGAAGGCCCCCGAAGUAUCCACGAUCGCAACCGAAGGGCCGUGGAGCGCAGCGAUGUAUCUUUUGCGGCGGUGACCAUCGACCCAGUGUGUGUGAUCAGCGCCGAGGAAAGUGUUUUAGAUGCGGGCAAUCAGGGCACAUCGCACGUGACUGCCCACAAGGUGGGGCCUUACCUACUCAGUCUGUUGCGUCGGCCCCGGCGAUUCCGGCUCGUUAUGCUAUGCCACCUGCUGCGGCAUCGGCUGGACGUGCAGCGGCACCACGUCAACCUGAACCUGCACGGUCGGCCCCGAGCGGAAGGAUGUAUGCCGCUCAGGUGCAAGAAGAGGAGCCCGUUGAAGCCGAGGAGCGCAAUGUAGUGGCAGGUAUGGUUUUGGUCAAUGGUGUUCGAGCAAGAGCUCUUUUUGAUACUGGCGCGUCUCACUCCUUCAUUAACCGAUCGUUUGCACAAGUGCAUGAUAUUGAGAUUAGUCUCGGGGAGAGUGUGUGGCGUGUAGAAGGACCCGGGCGAGCCUUCCUUGUUAGGAAGCGGUGUUUGGCGUGCCCAGUACAAGUAGGUGACUGGAUUAUGCCGGUCGACCUGUUGGUGCUAAAGAGGUUAAAGGAGUUCGAUGUCAUUUUAGGCAUGGAUUGGCUCUCGAA